CUCUUCGAGACUUACAUUGGUUAGCGCGCGCUCGGAUUCAGUCACUCACCAACUAGACUGAAAAAGAUCUGUGUUAGGUUUAACAAUGUCUACCGCUCUCGUUGCUAACGGCGAUGUCGCUGCCGGAAAGCCGGCGAUGGGACGAGUAGCCUCCGUUUACAGCGAGGUCCAGACGAGCCGUAUCGACCACGCCCUUCCUCUCCCCUCUGUUCUCAGAAGCUCCUUCAAGAUCGCCGAUGGCCCCGUCAGCUCUGCCGCCGGCAAUCCAGGUGAGAUCGCGAAGUUGUUUCCGAAUCUGUACGGGCAGCCGUCGGCAAUGCUGUUGCCGAGCGAAUCCGACACGGCGCCUGUUCAGAAGCUGAAGAUCGGCGUUGUUUUGUCCGGAGGCCAGGCUCCAGGAGGGCACAAUGUGAUUUCUGGAAUCUUCGAUUACUUGCAGGACCGUGCCAAAGGAAGCACAUUGUACGGGUUCAGAGGCGGUCCUGCUGGGAUCAUGAAGUGCAAGUAUGUAGAACUGAAUGCAGAGUAUAUUUACCCGUACAGAAAUCAGGGUGGGUUUGAUAUGAUCUGCAGUGGGAGAGACAAGAUUGAAACUCCAGAGCAGUUUAAGCAAGCUCAAGAAACAGCAUUAAAGCUUGAUUUGGAUGGACUUGUUGUUAUUGGUGGGGAUGACUCCAACACAAAUGCCUGCCUCCUUGCUGAAAAUUUCAGGGUUAAAAAUUUGAAAACUCGUGUAAUUGGAUGCCCUAAGACCAUUGAUGGUGAUCUGAAAUGCAAAGAGGUCCCUACAAGUUUCGGGUUCGAUACUGCUUGCAGGAUUUAUGCAGAAAUGAUUGGAAAUGUCAUGGUUGAUGCCCGGUCUACUGGAAAAUAUUAUCAUUUUGUUCGGCUUAUGGGGCGUGCGGCUUCACACAUUACACUAGAGUGUGCUCUGCAAACUCAUCCAAACAUUACCAUCAUUGGAGAAGAGGUUGCCGCCAAGAAGCAGACGUUGAAAAAUGUGACUGACCACAUUGUAGAUGUAAUCCGUAAACGUGCUGAACUUGGUUACAACUAUGGUGUUAUACUUAUUCCUGAAGGUCUAAUUGAUUUCAUUCCUGAGGUACAGCAGCUUAUCUCAGAACUGAAUGAAAUUCUGGCCAAUGAUGUCGUAGAUGAAGGUGGGCUAUGGAAAAAGAAACUCCCAAGUCAAUCUCUACAACUUUUUGAAUUUUUACCUCAAGCAAUCCAGGAACAAUUGAUGCUUGAAAGAGAUCCUCAUGGGAAUGUCCAGGUUGCCAAAAUAGAAACAGAGAAAAUGCUUAUUCAAAUGGUUGAAACUGAGUUGGAGAAGAGGAAGCAGGAAGGUGCAUAUAAUGCCCAGUUCAAAGGGCAGUCCCACUUUUUCGGGUACGAAGGGAGAUGUGGUUUGCCAAGUAACUUUGACGCUAGCUACUGCUAUGCAUUGGGUUAUGCCGCUGGUGCUCUCCUUCACUAUGGGAAAACUGGGUUGAUAUCAUCGGUUGGUAAUUUGUCUGCUCCAGUUGAAGAAUGGACAGCUGGUGGGACUGCAUUGACUGCAUUAAUGGACGUCGAGAGAAGACACGGUAAGUUCAAGCCUGUGAUCAAGAAGGCAAUGGUGGAGCUUGAUGGUGCACCUUUCAAGAAAUUUGCGUCCUUGCGAGACGAGUGGGCAAUUAAGAAUCGCUACAUCAGUCCUGGUCCUAUCCAAUUUAUUGGUCCAGCAUCAAACACAGUUAAUCACACUCUACUCCUUGAACUUGGAGCUCAUGCUUAGGCAAAUCGUUGAACUCGUGCUUUAUUGCAAAAGUUCAUAUAAUUUAGAGAGCAAUUUAAAACUACACUGUUUUGCAUCUGUGAGAUUUCUUCCUUUUGUUUUUUACUGGGGAAUUUUGAGAUUUCUAUUUUAUUGUAUCUUUUGUUGACA